CAGCCGCAGCAGCAGCAGCAGCCGGGGACCUGUGAGGAUCCUGCCGCCGCUCCGUGGAUGAAAAGCGAGGUAUCUGAGGAGACUCUGGGGACUCAGAGAGGCAGAAUGGAUAGAUUUCACGACCAGCAAGUGCCUUACUGUAACUCCAAAAAGCCAGAAGGAAACGCCACGAGCUGCGAGAGGCCGGCAAAUGACAGGAGGAGAAAAUGCAUUAAGUCCGACCUGGCUCUGGACAGCGAAGAGCUCUUCCAGGACCUCAGUCAGCUGCAGGAGACUUGGCUGGAAGAAGCUCAAGUUCCCGACAAUGACGAGCAGUUCGUUCCAGACUUCCAGACUGAAAACUUGGCUUUCCACGGACUGCAGCUGAAGAUCAAGCGGGAGCUGUACAGCCCGUGUUCGGAGCUGAGCUCCAACUGUAGCCAGGAUCGGCCCUUCAAGCUCCAGAAUGGAGAGAAGUGCCCCUACAACGUCAGUGCCCAUGAGCAGAAUCAGCCUGCAGGAAUGAAGCCCUCCAGCCCAGUGACGCCCCCCUGCAGCACCCCCGUGUCCCCCCUGCACCAUGCCUCGCCCGCCGCCGCCCCCACGUCCAAACCAGACCGGACCUACGGCCACGUGCCGGCCUCGCAGCCGCUGCUCCCCGACAGCGCCUACUCCAUGGACCACAGAUUUCGCCGUCAGCUCUCGGAGCCGUGCCACUUGUUCCCCUCCCCGCCGACGAUGGCCCGGGACGGCCGGCCCAUCUACCACCGGCAGAUGUCCGAGCCCAGCAUCCCCUUCCCUCCUCAGGGCUUCAAGCAGGAGUACGCCGACCCGCUGUUCGAGCACCCGGCCGCCAUGGGGGCGCCACUGCCCCACGCCGCCUACCCGGCCGCCAUGAUGAUCAAGCAGGAGCCCAGGGACUUCACCUACGACUCAGCUGAAGUGCCGAGCUGCCACUCCGUCUACCUGCGGCAAGACGGCUACCUGGCUCACGCCAACCGGACCGAAGGUUGCAUGUUUGACAAGGUGGCGAGGCAUUUCUACGACGACACCUGCGUGGUGCCGGAAAAGGUUGACGGGGACAUCAAGCAGGAGUCGGGCCUGUACCGCGAGGGCCCGUCGUACCAGCGCCGAGGCUCGCUGCAGCUGUGGCAGUUCCUGGUGGCUCUGCUGGACGACCAGUCCAACACCCACUUCAUCGCCUGGACCGGCCGCGGCAUGGAGUUCAAGCUCAUCGAGCCGGAGGAGGUGGCACGUCGGUGGGGGUUACAGAAGAAUCGACCGGCCAUGAAUUACGACAAGCUCAGCCGAUCGUUGCGCUACUACUACGAGAAGGGAAUCAUGCAAAAGGUGGCCGGCGAGAGAUACGUCUACAAGUUUGUGUGCGACCCCGAGGCCUUGUUCUCCAUGGCGUUCCCCGACAACCAGCGGCCGGUGCUGAAGACGGACGUGGAGCGGCAGAUCAACGAGGAGGACACGGUGCCGCUGUCGCACUUUGACGAGAACAUGGCGUGCGGCCAGGAGGGGCCCUACUGCCCGCCGCACCCCUACAGCGAGGGCUACGUGUAUUAACACACACACACACACCUCCCCCUCCCCCGUCCACACACCUGAGACUGUCGCUCCGGGAAUAAGACUUAAACACACACACACACACACAUGCAGCGGAGCUUCCCCUAUAUCUCUCUCU